AUGGAGGGGGCGAGGCAGCCAUAUUUGGGGGCGGACAUGACCACGUUGCCGGGCUACACGGGGGCCCGGAUAUCAGGCUGCUGGUCUCUGCAUUCUAAUGGAGGUAGCAGUGGCGAGGACUCUCUGGACCGCCUUCUGCCACCUGUGACCGUGCCACGCAGGAAGAGCUCCACCAUGGUCAAAUCAGAGCCUCCUCUCCUGCGCACAGGCAACCGGACCAUCUACACCGCCGGCCGCCCACCCUGGUACAACGAGCAUGGAGCCCUGUCAAAGGAGGCCUUCGUCAUAGGGCUUUGUGGGGGAAGUGCUUCAGGGAAGACCACAGUGGCCAACAAGAUCAUCGAGGCUCUAGAUGUGCCCUGGGUUGUCCUGCUGUCCAUGGACUCUUUUUACAAGGUGUUGUCCCCAGAGGAGCAGGUCCUGGCGAGCAGUAACGACUACAACUUUGACCACCCCGGGGCCUUCGACUUCCAGCUACUAGUGGCCACGCUCAGGAAGCUGAAGCAGGGCAAGAGCGUCAAGAUCCCCGUGUACGACUUCACCACGCACAGCCGGCAGAAGGACUGGAAAAACCUCUAUGGAGCCAGUGUCAUCAUCUUUGAGGGAAUCAUGUCCUUUGCCGAUAAGGAACUUUUGCAGCUCCUGGAUAUGAAGAUAUUCGUCGAUACUGACUCGGACAUCCGUCUGGUGCGGAGACUGAGGAGAGACAUUACGGAGCGGGGCCGGGACAUCGAGGGGGUCAUCAAGCAGUACAACAAGUUUGUCAAGCCGGCUUUUGAUCAGUACAUCGAGCCCACCAUGAGACUGGCUGACAUCGUUGUCCCUCGUGGUGGGGGAAACAUGGUGGCCAUAGACCUAAUUGUGCAGCAUGUUCACAGCCAACUGGAGGAGCGUGAACUCAGUGUCAGAGCUGUCCUCGCCUCAGCCCAGCAGAGCCAGCCUCUCCCCCAGACCCUCAGUGUGCUGGAGAGCAGUCCACAGGUGCGAGGCUUGCACACCAUCAUAAGGAAUAAGGAGACAAGUCGAGAUGAGUUUAUAUUCUACUCAAAGAGACUGAUGCGCCUUCUGAUAGAGCAUGCCUUGACCUUCCUGCCAUCUAAAGACUGCACAGUGCAGACGCCACAGGGUCGGGCCUAUGAAGGAAGGCGAUUCCAUGGCAAAGGGAUCACAGGUGUGUCUAUCUUGCGAGCCGGGGAAACCAUGGAGCCAGCUUUGACAGCUGUGUGUAAGGACGUCCGUAUCGGGAAGAUCCUCAUCCAGACCAACCUGGACUCAGGAGAGCCAGAGCUUCACUACCUGCGCCUGCCCAAAGACAUCAGUGAGGACCAUGUGAUUCUGAUGGAUAGCACAGUCUCCACCGGAGCAGCUGCCAUGAUGGCUGUGCGGGUCUUGUUGGACCAUGACGUACAGGAAGAAAACAUUUUUCUGGUGUCCCUGCUGAUGGCGGAGCUAGGAGUCCAUUCUGUGGCCUACGCCUUUCCCAAUGUCAAAAUCAUCACCACCGCAGUGGACAAAAGCAUAGAUGACCUUCUCCACGUCAUCCCAGGAAUAGGGGACUUUGGGGACCGAUAUUUUGGUACAGAUGGUUCAUCCGACUGGGCUGACGAUGAACACCAAGAGAUAACCUAGCUGCUGAACUAUUAUGCACAGAGGAGCUCACAAAGAGGCUGUUCUUUCCCUCAGACCUGGGACAUCUUUUGUCACAUGAAGAGAGACGGUUAGGCUACUGACAACUUAUGUACCAAGACAUACUGUUUUGCAAAUCACCUUGCACAUGAGCCUGCACCCUCACAUAUGUAUUUGUUUUUAUAAUGAAUUAUGUGUAUCUGUGAUUGAUUACCUCAUUUUCCAAAAUUUUUAGGGACUGUUUGUUAUUUAUUUUCGGGGUCUUCAGAAGAUGUUCACCCUUGGGUUUUCAAGUUUUGCAUGACCAUCUGCUAGCAAGCUUCAAAAGUUUGACGACCCUCCCGACGACUUUGUCAAAAAAAUGCAUGACACUCCUCUGCGGACAUCUUUUCACACAUUUAUUGACCAACGCUGUUAAAUUAAUGUUGGAUUCUGAUCUUGAACACCAUACUUCCCGAAAGCAGUGGACAUAUCAGUAG